AUGGCCGGGAACUUGGACAUGUUUUCAAGGUUGACCGACGAAAUUCUCUUGAUCAUCAUUUUUUUCUUGCCGUUCAAAGAAGCCGCCAGAACUUGCGUUCUAUCCAAGCGUUGGCGCCAUAUAUGGCGGGAAACAAAGAACAUAGACUUUGAUGAGAGGUUCUUUGUCGGAGUUGGUGAAUCCCAGGAAAGACAAGAAACUCAGAGACAGAUUUUCAUAGAUUUUGCAAGACAAUGGAUGAAGAACUAUAAAAAAACUGGCAUAGAUAAGUUUCGGCUCUCAUGCUUGAAGCCCGUAAAUUUCCGUGAGGAUGUCGAGCGCUGCAUUGCAUUUGCCAUUAGCCAUAAUGUGAAGGUGUUGGACCUUGAUUUUUCGGAUCCAAUAUUAUGGGAAGAAGAUGACUUUGGCAAUCAUGAAGCUUUGUUUGAUUUGCCCAUGAAUGUGUAUGGACAUGUUGUUCUGGAAUCCCUGAAGUUGUUUUCUUGCAGUUUUCGGGUGUCUGACUUCAUGAAUCUCAAAGCACUGAAGCACGUAUCUUUAGGUUGGCUUCAGUUGAAAGUGUCUUUUAUUGAAUCUUUGUUACUGAAUUGUCCACUGCUGGAGAGUUUGAGCUUGACGAAAUGUUGGAACUUAGAGCAUCUGCGUAUCAACGGACCAAAUUUGCGGCUAAGAAGUCUAGUCAUCGACAAAUGCAAUUUUCAUAGAGAUCAUUGGUUUUACAUAGAAGCGCCGAAUUUACGGUUCUUGAAAUAUUCAGGGGUGGUGGGAAUUUUUGACAUAGAGAUAAACCGGAACUACAUGGAAGAGGCAGAUCUGGAUUUUGGACUUGAGUUCGAAGUUGAUGAAGCUGUCGGUAAUCUUCUUCAUAAACUCCUAGAACAACUCUACCCCAUCAGGGUUUUGACCGUUUGCAGUUACAUGCUUCAGGUUAUUCCCCUUGGAGAAGAACCAUUGCGUAUGAGUUUUCCCUUGAACUUAAAGCACUUGAUACUGAAAGCUGCUAUGCACGAAAAUGAAUUAUAUGGAAUCCGAUUCUUCCUGAACAGUUGUCCUUAUUUGGAGACUCUUACUAUUGAAAUAGGUCCUGGAAGAGUUUUUGAUGAUUAUACGCCUCCAUUUGAGUUGAACCCUGAUAAAUUCUGGACGCAGUGCCCCAAAUUCGAUUGCCUAGUUAGAAAUCUUAAGGUGGUAGAUAUAAAAGGCUUCACAGGGACAAGACAUGAAGUUUGCUUGCUUUGCUAUCUAAUCUUUUAUGGGAGUGUCUUGGAAUGCAUUAAUAUCACUAUUUGGAAGGAAGGAGGAGCUAAUGGUGGAAAUGUGGAAGUAUACCAAAAAAAGAGCUCAAGGGUUGCAGAGUUUUAG